CGUGCCUGCCGGGGCCUGCCUGCCCUUCAUAGGCCCCCGGGCUCGGUGUCCCCGGGCCGCUCCGCCGCCUCACUGCUCCGGGCCGCCCCGUAACGCUGCCCGCUCGGGGCCCUGCGCCGCCCGCACACUACGAGCCCCGUCAGGCCCCGCGGCCGGGCCAGGCAGGGGACGGCGAGGAGGCGGAGUCGGGGCCGUGCGGUUCGGGCGGGAGAUUCGGGCGGUGGCUUUGGGGCACUGGAGGGAUCUGAGGAGAAUCUGUGUCCUAGCAGGACAUCCACUCUAGAGGAUCCUGAAUGGCUCCAGUUAAAAUCAGCUACGUGGUGUCAUUCUCCUCCCAGAGUGAGCUGGAGCCGGAGGGGAAGGCAUUCAGGGAGGGAGCCAUGUGCCAUGCCAUGUCCCUGCUGUGCAUGCAGGACCCCAAGUACCCGGCGGAGAACCUGCUGAGUGAGGGCAGUGUCCGGCCCUGGCUGGGCUGCCCCCAGGACCGCAGCAGGUGGCUGAGUGUGGAGCUGCAGCUGGAAAGAGCCAGUCCCAUUGGCUAUGUGGACAUCGGGAACUGUGGCUGCGCCUUCCUGCAGAUCGAGGUGGGACGUUCCUCAUGGCCGCGUGACCAGCCCUAUGUCACCUUGGUGCCCACUGUCACGCUGAUGACACCAGAUGACUCGAAGCUGGGCCGGAAUCGCUGCGGGGUUCGGAUGUUUAAGGAAGCAGACUUCCCGGUGCCGGCGGUGGGGCAGCACUGGGACCGCCUGCGGCUCACCUGCAGCCAGCCCUUCAGUCCGUGCAGCCACUUCGGGCUCUCCUUCAUCCGCCUGCGCACACCACAAGAGCAUGAGCCUGGGCCCCCCCAGCCACCCCUGGGCCUGGAGGAUGCUGAGCCCUCAGACAGCCCCUGGUGCUCCAACCCUGACUUCCACCAGAUGUUUUUUCCCAAACCACACUUGAGGUCCAGUGCAGAGGAGCAGCUGAGGAGCCGCCUGUGGCAGCUGGAAGGGGGUGCUGGGAGCCCAGCCUACCUCAGCCGCUCGGCCCGGAUGGUGCUGUCAGCAGUGCGGAGUCGGGCACUGAGGCCAGGGGGUGACCCAGAGCUGCCAGCCAAGGACCUGGGCGGUCCCAUGGCGCCAGUAGGCUCUGCACUGAACAUACCCACAGCCCCCCCAAGCACCUGCAAGCAGCCAGACAAGCAACAUGCUCCCAGCCUUGCUGGCAGGGCUCCAGCUACUGCCUCAAGGCCACAAAUGGUCAGAAGAAGAGCCCAAACCCAUGGCUCCCAAGAGAGACAGGCCAGGAGGAGUGACACGGGACAGACCAGCAGUGACAGGGAGAUGGGUGUCUGUCCCAUCUGCUCAGGGUGCUUCCUCCUGGAUGUGCUCCCCACACAUGCCUCCCACUGCGGGGAAGAAGACCACACUGCAGCCUGGCCCUCCUUGUCCCCUGACACCUGGGUGUCCUGCCCCAUUUGCGAGCUGCCUUUCAGCAUGGCAGAGGUGGAGCAGCAUGCCAGCACCUGUGGGGCUGAACCCACAAUGCUGGACCCAGCUGUGGUGCAAGGAGCAAGGGGCAGAGACACAGCAGCCCCAGGACGUUUGUGGCAAGGCUGGUGGGAUGGAUGGAGAAGGUGCUUCCAGCCCCUUGGCAGGGUUUGGGGGGAGUUUAAGGGGCCUGAAACACUGUAAUGGCAGGAGUUGCUGCCGGAGAAGAAUAAAUUAAA